AAACCUGCAGCAUGGCACAACUCCACUCUACUGUGAUAACCUUGAACAUUUCCUCCACUCCUGGAUAUUUACCUAAUUCUUUCUGGUCCAGUGGUGCGAUUGGUGCAGUGGUGCUGUCCAUCUGCUUCCUGCUGGGAUUCCCUGGAAACAUCGCUGUCAUCAUUCUCAAGCCAAACUGGAAGAACAUGUCCAGUCUGAGUCAAAGUUUGAUGCUGAACCUGGCUGUUUCAGACCUGCUCUGCAUGCUUACCACACCAGUAUUGAUUUACUCUUUCCUCAAUAGUUGGACCUUAGGCCUGGUUUCUUGCAAACUCAUAAUGUACUUUGUGUAUUGCAGCAUUUUCAGCAGCCUGCUGACUGUGACUGCGCUGAGUGUCCAGCGAUACCUUCAGGCAGUGUACCUUGAGAGGAGGUUACAUGAAGUUAAAGCGUGGAAGCUGCUGGUUCCACUCUGGCUGGUUGUGAUCAUCCUGUCCACUCCUGCUUUAGUCUUUCAACAGCCGGUGGAAAGACUGCACUUUUUAACAUGCAGUAGUCAAUACGCCUCCAAGGGGCAGAGGAUGGCUGUGGUGUUGACAGAGACUCUUGUAGGAACUGUGUCACUGUGUGCCAUUGUUUUUUCAUACAUCAGUCUCUACAGAAAAGUAAAUCAGGCACCCUUGUUCAACAAUCCACGGACCACCAGACUGAUUACCAGCAUUAUUGUGACUUCUGUUGUCUUGUGGAUCCCAUAUCGUACCGUAACUGUGCUGGGUGUGGCAGCUAUUUACUCAAAUGAUGAGAACCUGCAGAAGACUUUUGAAGACAGCUGGCGCAUUCUUGGAUCAGUAACAUUUGUAAAUAGUGCCGUGAAUCCACUCCUGUAUGCCUUUACUUCUAAGCGUUUGGGCACCUGGUGCCAAAAAAUUGCUCAACAGUUAAUACAGAAGUUCAGAAUUCCUCAAAAUCUGUAUUCGUCAAGAGAUGUCAGUGCAGAAGUAAUAUUUCAAAGCUGAAAGCUCUUUGGUGAUGUGUUUUUCCCCAUGUCAUGCUAGAAAGGUAUUUUUUGGUCAAAAGAUCUCCUCUUUCCUACUGUUACACACAGGGUGUGGUGCUCUCUAUCUGUGGUAUUCUCCAUUUUAAAGCUGUUGGUGAUUGGUGGUGUAAUGAUAAAUUUUUAAGGUUAAGCAACAUCUCAGCUGUGUGCUGGUUACAGCUGAUCAUCAGACAGACGUUUGAAAAUAUAUGUUUGUUGAAAAAGAAACAUUCAUUCAGCACUCAACAUUGUUUAAGUUAUUGUAUAAUACACUGUACAUACAUAUAUUUUGUUCUGAUGUCUUUAACUGUUAUCAGCCCCAUUUCA